GCUAUGAAUUGACACAUUAAUUUUGGGCUAAUAUUUGGUGUUCUUUAUAUAUUUGCACAUGUUUAAUUCCAAUUUUGAUUAUGUUUCCCCAAACAAGGUUUUUAUGAGCUUUAUGAUAUUUUUCCAUCUUAUGCAUGAUUUAUUUCUCAUUUUGUGAAUUUGGUCUUGUAGGGUACACAAGGACUCAUGAUUCAAGUGGAGGCUUAGUUCACUCAACCAAAUGGAGUAGUGCAAGGCCACCUUUGGGCUCAAUUAAACCUGGAUUCCAAUGGAUUUCAAGGAGCUUAAACCCAAGCUAGAUCACACAUGAGCCUUACACCAACUUAGGGUUCAAUGAGCCAAAACCCUAGGUAUUUAAAGGACAUUUUGGCACGGUGAACAGUGAGCUCGCGCUACUGUUCAUCGUGCCAGUUUCUUGACGGCGCGGUCGCAGCUCCUCCCUUCAUCCAAAUCCGAGAUUUAGCUUGUCCUCAUCGGCGUGGAGUUCCUCAGCCUCCGGCGAUCAGAUUCCGACCAUCGGGCGUCGCCGGCGAGUUGAUUUUUCAGCCGCAGCACUGUAGCAGAGAUUCGCGAUUUUUCAUCCCUUGUCGGCGGUGGUCCUCCGAUUUGGGUUCCGUUCAUCCACAGAGUCAAAGGCGGUGUUCCUCCGGAGACUCUGGUCCAAUCCCGACACCAAACCAUCAACCACAGCUUCCAUUCCAGUCUCGCGAUUCCUUUUCCAGGCGGCGCUGCAGAGUUUCAGCUCGUUCACGAUUUCUGUGAGCACUUGAGGAAAACUGAGCUUAGCCAGUAGCUGGGAGACUCAAUACUGAUCUCUGUUGGAGUGUUCUCUGCAGAUCCUUGUGUGACGGCAAGGAGAAGACGAAAUUGAUUCGAGUUUUGGGUGUCUUCCUUUGCAACAUUGCUUGAACUUGACCCGGAGAUUGAGAGAACCUUUUGGGCUUUAAGGAGACAAGCUAGGUCAGCAGCAACUUGUGAGAGCAGAAUUUCAGAGAUGGAUAAUCAGAUAACAGAAGGGGAUCGAACUAUGAAAGAGCUUGCAGCACCAGAUGUGGCUUAUAAGUACUCAUGCAUCACUUAUCCAGAUUUGGCAGGAGAUUUUGAACUCAGAUCAGGACUUAUUCAUCUGCUUCCCAAAUUUCAAGGAUUAUUAGGAGAGGAUCCCAACCGCCAUCUACAUGAGUUCCAUGUGGUUUGUUCUACCAUGAAACCACAGGGGAUUUCAGAAGAAGACAUUAAGUUGAGGGCCUUUCCAUUCUCUUUGACAGGAGCAGCAAAGGACUGGUUAUAUUGCCUUCCAGCUGGAUACAUUACUAGUUGGAUUGAUAUGAAGAAAGCAUUUUUGGAGAAAUUUUUCCCAGCUUCUAGGACUGCAACUAUCAGGAAGAGCAUUUGUGGUAUUCAACAAGUAGUGGGAGAAACUCUUUAUGAUUAUUGGGAGAGAUUCAAGAAGCUGUGUUCGAGUUGUCCACAACAUCAGAUUAGUGAUCAGCUUCUUGUUCAAUAUUUCUAUGAGGGCCUACUUCCUAUGGAUAGGAGCAUGAUAGAUGCAGCAGCUGGAGGAGCCUUGGUGAAUAAGACUCCAAAUCAAGCAAGAGAGCUAAUUUCAAAUAUGGCAGAAAAUUCACAGCAAUUUGGGAGUAGAGCUCUUGGGACUAGAGUGGUUAAUGAAACUCAUUUGGUUUCGAAUGAGCAACAAGAAAUCAGAAACAAUUUGCAAGAAUUGACCUCUCUAGUGAAGCAAAUGGCGUUGCAAAAUUCAAGUCAGGUUUCAAAUUUUCCUUUACCAAUGAUGAAGUUGUGUGGAAUUUGUUCAAGCCAAGAUCAUUAUUCGGAUCAUUGUCCUAAUCUACAUCAAGAUGAAUCCGUUGCAGCCAUUUCAAGACCUCAAUUUCAGCAACAUAAAUAUGAUCCCAAUUCUUCAACAUAUAAUCCGGGAUGGAGGGAUCAUCCUAAUUUGAGGUAUGGGAACACAUUUUAUCAGCAGCCAACACAAAAUCAGAUUGGUCAGCCAUCAUUUCAACAUCAGCAGAAUCAACAUUAUUUCCAGAACCAUCCAGCAGUUCAUUCUCAGCAAAAUCAGCACUUCCAGCAACCACAAUUUCAGCAAAACUUCAACCAAAAUCAGCAAUUUCAACCAUUUCAGAAUUUUCAGCAUUCGAAUGUUGCAUUUCAACCACAACUUCAGAAUGCACAGAACCAGCAAAACCAUUAUCAGCAAAUUCAGCAACCUGUGCAGAAUUUCCAGCAGCCAAGCAGUUCGAAUCAGCAUCAAUUUCAGCUUGCACUUCCAUCUUCUACAAGUCCUAGAUCAAUGCAACCUCAGCAGAAUUCUAGUAGCUCAAAAAUUGAGGAUUUGAUGCAGCAAGUGCUUCAACAACAACAACAAAUGAUGCAACAGCAGCAACACCAGCAAAGAACUGAUACAACGCUGCAAAACAUUGAAAGACAAAUUGGGCAACUUGCUAGCAACAUCAAUCAAAUGCAGAACCAAGGAUCUGGGCAGUUACCUUCACAACCGACUCCAAAUCCUAAGGGAAAUGUGAGUGCAUUAACUCUUCGAAGUGGUAAAACAAUUUCAGAGCCAAAUCAGAAGUUAUCAGCUGGAACACAGCAGUGUUUUUCCAGACCAUUUGCAGAUUCAAACCUACAGAAUUCUCAGAUUUAUCCAGCAAAUUCAGAGUCAACAGAAUCUGAACAGAAUGACAUUUCUGGUACUGAUCAGCUACAUUCUACACAACCUGCAACUUCAGAAUCUACUCAAUUUAGUGGAGCAGAUUUUAGUUUGGAUUUUACCCCAACAGCAGCUUCAAAUUCAGCUCCAAAUUUAGCACAGAAUCUGGAAAAUUCUGCACAGAAUCUGGACAGAACUUCUAACCAGCAAGAAGCCGAGCAUUCUACUCCAUUACCUUUCCCUCAAAGAAGUGUACAACCAAGAAAAGAAAUGGAGGAAGAAAAGGCUAGGGAAUAUCAAGAAUUGGUGAAAUUGUUCAGCAAAGUUGAAGUGAAUGUGCCUUUGCUUACCAUGAUUAAGCAAAUUCCAAAAUAUGCCAAAUUCCUCAAGGAUCUUUGUGUGCACAAAAAGAAAUUAAAGGGGAAUGAAUUGAUCAGUAUGGGAAAGAAUGUUUCAGCAUUACUUCAGCCAGUUCCUCAGAAGUGUGAAGAUCCAGGAGUUUUCACCGUGCCUUGUCCGGGCUCUGUCGUCACUACUCACGAUGGUGACCGGUGGGCGAGGAUCUUGUCGAUACACCUAUCCUCUACCCCAAAUCAUAGAUGGGGGCGCAAUACUCUCAACUCGGUACUCAAGGCGGGAGGAAUCCUGUAG